CUCAAGAAAAUUUAGUAAUUUCGUGGUAUCUUUGGGUCGUCGCGUCUUUAGAAAAAAAAAAGUCUUGGAUUAUUUUCCCAUAAUGCACCGCCGUUUCUUUCUACUUCCUCUUUCCGCCAUAUUGCAGAACCGGCAUCAUGGUGCGCAUGAACGUUCUCGCAGAUGCUCUGAAAAGCAUCAACAAUGCUGAGAAGCGUGGGAAACGCCAGGUCCUCAUUCGGCCCUGCUCCAAGGUUAUUGUGCGCUUUCUAACCGUCAUGAUGAAGCACGGUUACAUUGGUGAGUUUGAGAUCAUUGACGACCACAGAGCCGGGAAAAUCGUUGUGAAUCUCACAGGCAGGCUGAACAAGUGUGGUGUGAUUAGUCCACGUUUUGAUCUUCAGCUCAAGGAUCUGGAGAAGUGGCAGAACAACCUGCUGCCUUCAAGACAGUUUGGAUACAUUGUGCUGACCACCUCAGCUGGCAUCAUGGACCACGAAGAGGCCAGACGGAAACACACAGGAGGCAAAAUCCUUGGAUUCUUUUUCUAAAAUGUAAAGAACUGCAAAUAAAAACAGCCAGGAGAAAGCU